UGUCCUUCCAGUGGAACCUUCCCUUCUACAACCUGUGUCUGAAACUGGCGCCGGCAUUAGCCACCGGUAACACCGUUAUCGUCAAACCGGCCGAACAGACCUCUUUGACUGCCAUAUAUUUGGCGAAACUCGUGAAAGAGGCCGGCUUUCCGCCCGGUGUUGUCAAUGUAUUACCGGGUCAGGGACAUGUCACCGGUGCCGCGUUGGCUGAGCACAUGGACGUCGACAUGAUAUCAUUCACCGGCUCCACAAAAGUGGCAAAAUUGGUGCAAAUGAUGGCCGGGAAGUCAAACAUGAAGAGAGUAACCCUCCAAACCGUCAGUAAAUCUCCUUUCGUUAUCUUCGACGACGCGGACAUCGAUUGGUCGGCAAUGACUUCGCACUUGAGUGUGUUUAUGAGCGGGCCAUGCCGGACAACGUGCAGGUGAUUCUAGAUACAGGUGCUUCGGUAAAUGCUGUUCAAACACGUGUUUACGCGGCUAAACACGUUUUUGGCUCAGGAACCGCUGGGGAAACUGUUGGCGUGUCUACAGGGCCCACAGAUCGAUGAACACCAGUUCAAUGAAGUCAUUCAAUACAUAGAGUUGGGCCGCAAGGAAGGCGCCAAAGUGUUGACUGGAGGCAAGCGAUGGGGAAACAAGGGCUGGUAUAUCGAGCCCACGGUUUUGUCUGACGUGACCGACAAUAUGCAGAUCGCGAGGGAGGAGAUGACCGGACCCGUGAUGACUAUAUUGAAGUUCCGGACCAUCGAUGAGGUGAUCGAUCGCAUCAACGACUCGUACUAUGGUUUGGACGCCGGAGUGUUCACUCGCGACACCGAUAAGGCGCUGUACUUCGCGCAGGCCGUGCGCACCGGUAACGUGUGGAUCAAUCACCACAUCUCCAUCACCCCUCAGAUCCCGUUUGGGGGUUACAAACAGUCCGGAGUGGGACGGGAGGCUGGAAAGGAUGGUCUCUACGAGUUCACUGAAAUUAAAUCUAUUGUGCUCAAAGUGGACCAGAAGUUGUCAUAAACUUAUCACAACUUGCAAUGACAUACAGUCUAUUUAAUAGACACUUAUGUGACGGUUAUUAUAAUGUUUUUGUUCUUAAUUAUCAACAAUUUAAAAUGGUUUUAUAUUUAGUGUC